AAGAUCGUGUGAUGUGGAGCAAAUAUUUGCUGAUCCGGAGGCAGUCAAGAAAGCUGUUAAGAAACAAGCUCCUUGUUAACCUGAAAUAGAAAAAUGGCACUUCCACUGGUGUGUGUCCUAAUUCUGGCCAUAAUAUCUUUUGUGACAGAUUCUGCAUGCAGCCAGAGAAUAUAUGCCUCAGAGAACCCCGUACCUGUGGGCAGCAGUGUCACAUUUUUUGUCAAUGGAACCUUCAGUGAUUCUCAAGCAGUGUGGUCCUUCAACGGCACUAUCAUACUCCUAGUAUUAUCUGGAACUGUCACUGAAAAUGACGCUUGGAAGGACAGGAUGGAGUUCAAUUCAACAACUGGCUCGUUGACGAUAAGGUCACUCCAGGUGGAUGACUCUGGAGAUUUCACCUUGCAGAAAAUUAAUUCUUUCAUAAGUCAGGUAUCACUGUCAGUUCAAGUUCCUAUUUCAAAUGUGACCCUGAGUACAAAUGAAGUUAACCUGAUAGAGUUCAAUGACACAGCCAUUCUCACAUGCUCUGUGUCCAAUGGCACAUCCCUCAUAUUUGUUUGGCUGAAUGGAAGUUCUGUGGUCAACGCCCGUGGAGAUGUUCACAUCAGUAAUCAAAAUUCGAUACUCACUAUACCCAGAGUGACACAAUAUGAUCAGGGACCUUUCCGGUGCAAUGUGUCCAAUGGGGUGAGCAAGGAACAAAGUCAGCCUCUUCGCCUGAACAUCAGCUAUGGCCCAAAUAACGGAGUGAUGACCAGACCCAUGGGGAAUGCCUACAGAACAGGGAGCACAAUCACACUGUCGUGCUCAGCAGAGUCCAGCCCUCCUGCGCUGAUCCAGUGGCUCUUUAACAGUUCCAGCCUUAAUUAUAGUGAACCACAGCUUCAACUGAGAGAUGUUACAAAGAACCAGUCAGGAAAAUAUGAAUGCCUGUUUUACAAUCCAGUCACAUUCAGAUACAGCAGUGCAAGUGCAAUGAUCAGGAUUUUGGAUCCUAUAACAUCAGUCAUGGUGAAACAAACAGGUGGCAUUCCAGAGGUUAAUGCCUCCACCACCCUACACUGUAAGGUGACUGGAUCUGUAGACAACAUUUUGUGGUUGAAAAAUGGAAUUGUUAUUUCCCAUGAUAACAGAACAAUACUUGAUAUGAACAACAAGACAAUCACGAUUGAAGCACUUCAGCCGUCAGACAGCGGGGAUUAUCAAUGUCAGGCUAUUAAUCCUGUGAGCAACAUGACCAGCAGCCCCUACACAGUCCACAUCAUCUAUGGACCGAACAAUCUGAGGAUCACAGGGCCAAAGACCGCGUUGGUGGGGAGCAGUGUCACAUUCAACUGUACUGCAGAAUCGUGGCCUAUGAGUGACUUUAAAUGGUAUUUCAAUGGUUCUCUGGUGGCCAACACAUCUAAGUAUGAAACACCUCCUCUUACCUUUAACAUGAGCGGGACAUACACGUGCAUGGCUCACAACAACAUCACUGGCCAGAACGCCACUGCCAACACGAUGCUGACUGUGCUUGGACCUCUACAAAAUGUCCAAAUAGAAGCACCAUCAGGUCCUGCCAUAAGUGGUCAAACAUAUAGUUUGACAUGCAGUGUGACUGGAUUUGAUGAUAACAUUUACUGGAUGAAGAAUGACAGCUUCCUGCAAGUAAACCCCAGAAUAGUCCUUUCAAAUCAAAAUACGAUGCUCACUUUCAGCCCAACACAGGCGAAUGACACCGGAAACUAUAAGUGUGUGGCAGUGAGUUCUGUGAGAAAUGAGACCAGCCCUGCAUAUGCACUCACCGUAAACUUUGGACCGCAAACACCCAUAAUUGAGGGGCCAUCUAUGGCUAAACAAGGAGAACAUGUCAACUUCAACUGUUCUGCUGUGUCUGUGCCUCCAAGUAACAUCAGCUGGUGGUUCAACGGCUCCCUGCUGGCUCAAACAGCGUCUUUACAAGUUGGCCCUUUGUCUUUAAGCAUGAGUGGAGAAUACACCUGCAUGGCCAACAAUGAUGUGACAAAAAACAACAACACAAACUCUGUGGUACUCACAGUCAUUGGGCCGAUACAGUCAGUGAUGAUCAAAAACAACAUGAUUCCAAUUAACAACAAAAACUUUACCCUCACAUGUGAAGUUAUGGGGUUCUACAACACCAUCUACUGGCUGAAGAAUGGCACGUGGCUCAGCAUGACCAAUGAAACCCUCAAGCAGAUGAUAAACAACACGCUUCAGUUCACUCCAGUGACAUUGUCCGAUGAAGGGAUAUAUCAGUGUGAGGCUGUCAAUUAUUUUGGCUCCAAUCGAAGCGCUGAAUACAAUCUCCUUGUAAACUAUGGCCCUCUCAGUGUGGGUAUCUCUGGUAUAGACUAUCUGAAGGAGAACCCGCUCAUUGAUGUGGUCCUGACAUGUUUUGCUGAUUCUCGCCCAACAAGCUUCAAGUGGUUCUUCAACUCUGGGUCAUCAGCCAUAUCAACUCAGUCUUUUGUAAAAUUCGUUGCCAAACGUGCAAAUGGAGGGAACUACACCUGUGAGGCAACCAAUCCUGUAACCAACAUUGCAAUGAAGCACACAAAAGCUGUUAUUAUUGAUCGUGCAUGUGUCCUGUGCUCUCUGUCCAAAGGAAGUCUGAUGUUCUUGGGGGUCUUUGCUUUGGCUCUGCCUGUGCUGCUGAUCGGCUGAGGUUUCCUCAUUCAAAGAUCUGUGAUGACUAAAAGCCAUAUUGCUCCCUAUACAGUGUGUUGCUAAUCAUAUAAAUAUUCAUACCCAGGUUGAAGUUGUGAUUUUACAUGUAGCAUGGUGAUCGCUGAUGCCAUUUUAUUAUUUCAUAUGUGGUGGAAAAAAGGAUUACAUGACAGGACUGAAUUUGAUUUAAUUAUCAAGUUGUGUGAUCUUGAAGCAGUUACUUUAUUUCCCUUUUCUUUAGUUUAGUAAGUUUAACAGUAGCAGGGUAUUCCCUCUCCUGUUUGUUUGUGUGUUUGUUGUUAUUAGUGUCAAUUAUUAGUGCUGUUGAUGUUUUUACUGAUCUGAGCCCUGUUCUUCGUAUCUCAAUUCAAAGAUCCCAGAUUAACUGCAGAGUAAAUUUUGCAGAGUAAUAUUUACUCUGCUGGGAUAACAUUUGGUCCCAGUCCAAAUAGAGUUAAAUAUACUCUACCACAGGGCUAAAUCAACUUAACACAGUGUAAAAUCAACUCUUAUUGGAGCGGAACCACUUGAAUUGACAAGACUGUGUCGCGGACCGAACAGUCCCCCCUAAAAAUCGGUCCGCCCUGCCUUCACUGCACAUGCAUCAUUAACCGCUGUUCACCGAUUAUCACCUCAUUUCUGCUUAAAACUGCACUCCAGUCAUCUGAAGCUUGUAUACAACAAUUAUUUACACAUAAUUUCAGCAUUAUUUAAUCAUAAAAGACGGAGGAAGUGAUCAGAGUGCCGCAGCCUCAUGAGCUGCUAGCUGCAUUCACUGCACAUCUGUUAUUUCAAAGCGUCACCGAUUAUCGCCUCAUUUCUAC